AUGAAGCUCGUCAGAUUCCUGAUGAAGCUCAAUAACGAGUCGGUGACCAUCGAGCUCAAGAACGGCACCGUCGUCCACGGCACCGUUACAGGUGUGGACAUCCAGAUGAACACGCAUCUCAAGACGGUCAAGAUGACGGUGCGCGGUCGACCUGCCGUCACGCUGGACACGCUGUCGAUUCGCGGCAACAACAUCCGAUACUGGAUCUUGCCCGAUGCGUUGCCGUUGGACCUGCUGCUGGUGGACGAUGCGCCCAAGCCCAAGGGCAAGAGGAAGGACCCAGCUGCGAGGGGGGCGAGAGGUGGUGGCGGCGUGGGAAUGGAUCGGGGCAGGGGGAGGGGGAGGGGUGGUGGUGGCAUGCGUGGGGGCCGUGGUCGCGGUCGUUGA